CUUCAGCAACCCAUCCCUCUCCCUUCUCCCACAGACCAAACACACUUCCUUUCCUUCUACUACUCAACAUGAAGUUCACCAUCAUUGCCACCGCUGCCCUCGCCCUCGCCGGCAUGGUAUCCGCCGUCCACCCUACCCGCUCCUGCGUGUCUCACUACAACGCUGUCGAAGGUGACUCUUGCCAAUCUGUUGCUCUCGCCAAGGGUAUUACCGCCGAGAAGUUUGUUGAGCUCAACCACGGUCUUGCCGAUCUCGGUGUUGAGGGAUGUGCCAGCCUCAAGGUUGGUAAGAGAUACUGCGUCUCUGCUCCCAAGACCAACGCCAAGCGUUGUUUGACCGCCAAGAAGGAGGAUGCCGACAAGUCUGGCACCACUGUUACCUCCCGCCCCUCCAACGCUGUCAACAAGAUCGUUGACAACUGCAACAAGUACUACACCAUUGCCGAGUCUGACAGUGGCUGUUCUGAUGUCGCCAGCAAGAACGGUAUCGAUGAGGAAGAGCUCUACGCCUGGAACCAGGGUCUCCACCACGCCGGUGACCACUUGUGCGAUAACCUUGACACUGGCAAGGCCUACUGCGUCGGUGUUAACUAAAUAGUCUAAUAUUCCGCCUGUAAAAUAAACACUUCAAUUCUCCAAACAUAAAGCCAUUUUAUUUAUUCGACCCUCCAAUAUUCAAUUAAAAUAAUUAUUUUAUGCACAUGG